CUAUGACAGAUUUGACUUUUGAGUAUGUUUAGUGAUACGCUAUCCUUCUUCAUGUUUUACCAAUAUUUUACUAAAUUAUGUGAUACUAAGAAAUAAAAGACUGUUGGAAAUACAAAAUGACGUUUUUAGAAGAUACACUCAUAGUGUUAAUAUCACAAGCCAUAUUCUUUAUAGGCGGCUGGAUAUUUUUUGUGAAACAACUUUUUCGUGAUUAUGAAGUCCAUCAUCUACUUGUACAGUUAAUAUUUUCAGUUACAUUUGCUCUCAGUUGUACAAUGUUUGAACUUAUUAUAUUUGAAAUCAUCGGCUAUUUGGAUUCCAGUUCAAGAUAUUUUCACUGGAAUCUUGGUCUCUAUUCCCUCCUGUUCAUGCUGAUAGCACUCAUACCUUUCUAUAUAGCAUAUUUUUGCAUCAGUAAUGUAAGAUUUGUUACCAAAAAUGUAAUAAGACCACUUACUAUGAUGGUUUGGUUUAUAUAUUUGUAUUUCUUCUGGAAGAUAGGAGAUCCAUUUCCAAUAUUAAGUCCAAAACAAGGUAUAUUUUCCAUUGAGCAAGGUGUAUCACGUAUCGGAGUGAUCGGCGUUACUGUUAUGGCCCUAUUAUCUGGUUUCGGUGCAGUAAACUAUCCUUAUACAUCAAUGGCUAUAUUUAUUAGACCAGUAACACAAUCAGAUGUGUUAUCAAUAGAGAAGAAAUUGCUACAAACUAUGGACAUGGUUUUGGUUAAGAAGAAACGCAUAGCUUUAGCAGAGUCUAAUAGUAACCGGAACUAUAUGAAUCAAUCGGUGGAAAACAGAGGAUUUUGGUCCAAUAUUCUGUCAAGUGUCGGAAACAUAGCGAAUCCUUUAAGCCAUAACACUGAAAAUAUAACUCAGCUUCGUAAAGAGAUCUCAGCACUUGAAGAACUUAGUCGACAGUUGUUCUUAGAGGCCCAUGAUGCUCGUAGCAUGAGAGAAAAGAUAGAAUGGUCUAGAACAUUCCAGGGUAGAUACUUCAAUUUCCUUGGUUAUUUCUUCUCUCUGUAUUGCAUAUGGAAGAUAUUUAUUUCGACCAUAAACAUAGUGUUUGAUCGUGUUGGCAAGAAAGAUCCGGUGACGCGUGGCUUAGAACUGGUGGUGCAUUGGCUGGGUCUGAACAUUGAUGUGUCGUUUUGGUCACAACAUGUGUCGUUCAUACUAGUUGGGUGUAUAGUCCUUACUAGCAUACGAGGGUUACUUCUGACUUUGACUAAGUUCUUCUACAAAAUAUCGUCGUCUAAGUCGUCGAACAUCAUAGUGUUAAUACUGGCCCAGAUUAUGGGCAUGUAUUUCUGUUCAUCCGUACUGUUGAUGCGUAUGAACAUGCCUCCCGAGUACAGAAUCAUAAUAACCCAGGUUCUGGGAGACCUUCAGUUCAAUUUCUAUCAUCGUUGGUUCGACGUCAUAUUCCUUGUUAGCGCUCUGACAAGCAUUUUUACUCUGUACUUGGCCCAUAAACAACCGUCUGUCAAUUAAAAUGUUUAUUAUCUCUGUCAUCUCUAUUUUCCAGAUUAAAUAUCUCGUAAUUUGAACUUAUCUGUGGAAUUUAAAGCGAAUGUCAAAUGAUUUUUUUUUAACAUAAGUGUCAAUUUGUGUUGCGUUUAUGUACAUAAGAUUUUCCAGCACAAUAAAAUUGUAAAUAUGUACUGUUUAAUUGUACGUUGCGAGGCAAAGCCGGGCUGAGUCGCUAGUGAAUAAGACUGAUGCAAUCGUAAGAAAUGUAUUUAAUAAAUAGGUAUGUGAAAUAAA